AAUGAUUCUCUCUCCACUGAAAUGCAGCCACCUCUGAGGUGGAAGCAGUUAAACAACACACAGCCACAUCACACGAAAGUUUAGGACAGGCAGUGAAGAGGAGUAUUGUGUCCAAGUGAAACAUCAGAGGGAGUUCUAGUUCUCUGACCAUGUCCCAGAAGGAUCCCUGCCAGAAACAAGCCUGUGAAAUACAGAAAUGCUUGCAAGUGAACAACUACGUGGAGUCAAAGUGUGAAACUGUGCUUCAGGAAAUGCGGAAGUGCUGCGCCCGGUACCCCAAGGGCAGAUCCAUCUGUUGUUCAGGGUUUGAGAAAGAAGAAAGAGAGAGAGAAAAGGUUAAGUCGACUUCAGAAGGAAUUUCCCCACGACCUCAGUAACACAAUGCAGCUCCAGCUCCAGCAGGUGCCGGAGCACGGACUCACCUGCAGAGCUCGUGUGUGUUUUUUCAAGCCUUCUUUUAGACUUUCAGGAAAGCCAGAUCGCUCCUAGAACACACCGUCCGGCACACCAAAAAGUAUAACGCAGUACCAACAGAUGGCCUGGUUAACAGACUUAUUUUCUGUACCAAAACAUCAUCUACAUUGUCUUUGCAUCGCACCUGUGUCUGUGAAAAGUCAACUUGAUGUUUUUAGAAUGCUUACCUUACUCUAAUCCAUCCUUGCUCUCAAAAUGGAGAACUGGAACCAAAUUAUUCUGGCUUCUGGAGCGAGAGGUACAGGAAACGAGCUCAGAAGAGUGAGUGAGUUUAAGCAUGACACAUAAAACAAGCCCAUCUUAACACAGCAAAGAUAUUGCUGCCAUCAGUAGUUCCAGACAUUUGCCUGUCCAGUGGUUCAGGGUCAAGAAUGGGAAUCAGGUCUGGCAGUUGUUCCUAGGUCUUGCAUAGAUCAAGAGUGACUACAAGUCACUUUGCCCAAGUGCCUCACUUUCCCACUGGACAGACUUUUGGUUACUUUAUAUUUGAAUUGCCUACACGCUGCUAUUUGCAUGACAAAGAUGUUACAGAAACAUUCAGGGAUUGCUACAGGAAUAGGAUUUUUUUAAAAAAGCAAUAUUUGAUUGAAAGAUCUGACUGUUGAUAUAAAAUUUAUAAAUUUAUGUAUAAUUGAACACCUUUAAGCAAUAUGUUACAAACUCAGCGUGGUUCGACCCGCUGGUACCCAGUGGCCUGUCACAAAGCCCUGGGCUAGAUCCAAGAACUGAUUUAGGUGCUGCUUACAGACAAGCAGUUACAGGUACUCGCUUUCAACUUUCUCACUCUCAGCCGGCUGUGUCUGGACCCCAGGGAGAGAUGGCUUCUCAGAAGCUCUCACCCGUGCAGCAGAAUUUCCUGUGACCUGUAGGAAGAGCUUGGUAGACAGGUUCCUGCAUCACUCUUCAGAGUUGCUGAAGUCUCUCCGUCCCCUGUAGCAGGAGUCCAGGCACCUCAGUGGGUGCCGAGUCUACUACAGGGCCCAGGCACCUACACAUCAGACUUCAAACCCACUAGGCUCCUAACUCUGUCAUUAGAUCUAGCCGUAAAGGACUUCUGUGCUGUGAUCAACUACAACUUACUUAUGAAAUACAGCUUCUAUAAACAGAUCACUGUAGUCUAGGCACAAUAGUUAAAGUGUAUUGAAGCCUAGAAGAGCAAACCAUCUGUAUUCACUGCUCUGAAAUACCAUGAUACAAAAUAAAUGACUGGAACAAAUCAUCGUCUCUGGUUAUUGUUUACUGGGAAUACCACGUAGCUGCAAGCUGGGUAGCUUGGCUGCCACUCACAGUCCAGAGCUACAUGUGAUAUCAUCAUAUUUAAAUAGAAGCUGCUUGGUAUUUUUAUAACCAAGGCUCAAGAUCAUAAUAAUUCAGAGCUUGCCUUCCCCUCUUUCUCCCCCCAAAACUAAACCCCUCCAGACAAAAUAGGGGUUUUGCAUUCUUGAAAUGCAGGGGAAAGCGAUGCCCAUAUUGUGAAGCAGCCUCAACAAUGACAAAUAACUUGGUUUUCCCUUUUGCUCUAUGUGAACAGGAAUGGUGGAAAGUAAGUCACUAAACAGAUGAUUAAAAAAACACGCAGGCUUCUGUUGUGCCUAUGAGAAAAGGCCUCAUCUCCAUGCCCAUUUCUACUUGCUCAGCAGGGAGGCUCUGAAGCUGCGUUGGCAGAAUCACCUCCUGCCCCAGAAGCAUCCUACUCUUUGGGAAUGUCUGUGACUGGUGCCGAGAUCCCCAAGGAGUGGGGUUUAU